GCAGAGGGGCCGACCGAGGCAGAGGGUCCCGCCGCUCCUCGCCGUCCCGGCCAUGCUGCCGGCGCUCCUCCGCCCGGGCCGCCUGCUGUCCGCCGCGCCGCUCCGCCCGCCCGCGCCGCGGGGAGCCGCGGCCGCCGGGGAUGCCGCCCGGAGCCCGGGCACCGCCCGCGCUGAGCAGGCUCACAGGGUGGCUGCAAGUUACAAACCUUCGAAGUUUGACAAAAGAAUCCUCCUCUGGACUGGACGUUUCAAGACAGAAGAAGAGAUUCCUCUGAGGAUCCCGCCAGAGAUGAUAGACAAGGCAAGAAACAAAGCUCGAGUGAAAGCCUGUUAUAUCAUGAUUGGGCUCUCAAUUAUUGCCUGUUUUGCGGUGAUUGCUUCAGCUAAGAAGGCUGCUGCACGUCAUGAGUCCUUAACAAGCCUGAACUUGGCAAAGAAGGCCAAGUGGCGGGAGGAGGCUGCGCUGGCUGCGGAGGCGAAGACCAAGUAAUUCCAUCUGCAAUGCUCAGUGUCCUUGGAAGAGCAAAAUUAACUGCUGCUGAGAGCAAGUAGUGAGUGUCACCCCUAAAUGGACAAAUGUAGAUGCACACCCUAGAGCCAGCAAGGGCAGAUACAGCAUCACAAAAAGAAAAGGCAAUGGCUCUUUCAUUAGGAAGAUAUUCAGGAUACUUGUUCCAUAUAAUUGAAACUAUUUAGAAUGUUUUGCAUAUGAUUAAAAGCAGUAAUUAGUUUUAAAGGGGAUGAGGUAGUUUCCUAAGCAUGUCAGGUACCUUUGAUUAGAUAACCACAAAAUAUUUACACCCAAGAAAUUUUCUGUCUGGUGACAGUGCAUAGUUUUUCAGUGCGCAAAUUGCCACUUGGAACUCACUGGCAUCAAUGCUGUAUUCAGAAUGGUAUUUGCAUUUUUUAGCUUUAAGAAGAAACACUUAUUAAAUCACUAAAUAAAUACAGUAAACAUCUGUAAAAUAGGUUUUAUUGGUUUCUGUAUGGUAUUUUGAGAUUUAACAUUCCAUAAUAUUGCAUACUACUUAUAUGUGUUCUGUUACAGUAAUGGGCCUUUGGCCUGGAUUUAAAGAUGCACUAUUACUAUCUGAAGUUCAUAUAGGUAAUUUAGGUUUCCCGCAUUAUAUAUGUAAGACAUUGUGCCAUAAGUAACUAGAAUUUCUCAUUCUAGAUUUCAGUGAAAUCUUGAGGUCACAGUUUAAGUCCAUGUAUCAAUCUGCAGACCUAUUACAAAAAUCCUCAGAUGUACAAUUUAACAAAUUUAAGCCUACUGAGAAUUAACCAUGGAGAAGAGACAAUAGUGCAUCUUUACUAUUUUUUUAAAGACAGGCCCAACAAUAAAUAGUUUCCAGUUGCAAACUUGUUCUACAGCAAACAUUUCUGUGCCAACAUUAUUACUAUUUUCUGAUUGCUGCUAGGAACAGCAUGUAAAGCAAACACUAGAAAAUUAAAAAG